AUGAGCCAGACUAUCACACGCUACCUCGGCGACCACCUUGUGGAUCUAGAUCCCGUAGAAACGGUGGCCGCCAUUACUAGUCACUACUUCCGACAGUCGAGGACCAUCUGCCUCGCUGUGGUCUUCGCUGGGAACGACAUAGCUAAUCAAGAUAUUCUUCGAAGAGUUCUGAAGUUUGAUCCCAAGGGGGAGAGAACGCUUGGCAACUGCAGAAUAUUCAACCUAGCAACUAGAGGCGGAAACUCAAUGGAUGACAAUCAGGGCGGAGGCGAUUGGCUUUCAAGACAUGUUAACUAG